AUGGCUUCCGGGCCAAGAAAGAGCUGCUUUGCCACAUCUUCUCCCUACGAAGAACAAAUUGGAUACUAUCGAGCGAUCCGCCAUGGCAACAAUAUAUUUGUUUCCGGAACAACUUCCGUCGACCGGCUUUCCUCAGCCCACGCACCAAAGAUAAACUUCCCAGGUGACGCCAAACAACAAACCCGUGCUGCACUCCAAGAAAGCAUCAACGCAAUUCAGGGCUUAGGUGGCAAGGGCGCAGAAGACAUUGUCCGUGUCAAAAUGUUUGUCGGCUGUCAUGAAAAUUGCGCGGCAGUUGGUGAAGGGUUUCGUGAGAUACUGGGCAAGCAGAACCAAGGAAAAGAGGCUCAGAUAGGAGCAGCCGCGACUAUGAUUGUGGUCAACGGUGGUUUCAUCAAUAAGGAUAUGCUUGUCGAGGUUGAAGUUGAUGCUAUAGUUGACUAA